AUGGCAGAUAACGACAUACCGCAAUCCCGCUUGCUGCAGCUGCCUGGAGAACUGCGUAACGGCAUCUAUGAGUACGCGCGUGAGGAUGAUACUGUUGGUGUCCAUGUCGCACGAAGCCUUAAUUCCACCGGAACAACACCCAUGACUCGCACCCAGCCUUGGUUUCUCGGUCUGACGCAAACAUGCCGCGCGAUCCGCAAAGAGUUUCGACCAGUCUACAUGGAGCACACCGUCUUCUCUAUGCGCCUUCUUGGCGCCUAUACUUUCAUCGCAGCUUAUGUGCCGUCGCACGUUGAAGUAUUCUGUGGCAACGUGCUGAUCAACUUCGAUUACGGCUUAAGUCUUUUAGAGACAAAUAUCCUUCCCCUCUUACAGAUUAUGCGCAGGUUCUCCAGGCUCAGCGUCCGGGCAAAUUGUUCCAACACUGGUUUCCGGGAAGAUCUCGACAAUCUGCUCAAUGCGCGCGCCGGAGGAUGGUUUGACGAAGACGUCCUUACCAAAGUCGUCCGUAUCACAGUGAAGAAACGUGCACCAUGCAUUGCCAUCACCUGGGAUAUCAAGUGCGCAGACACCAAGUCUGAGCUGUACUUGCCGAGGGACGCGACACUCUCCACCCGCCGGAUGUGGCACGCAGCCUGUUUCGAGUGGCUGUCGGAAAAGGGCUUGGUGAUGAACGAGCUGGCGGUGCUUUUCCGUCCCGUAUGGUCUUCUGAAGGACGAGAUCCCUGA